AUGUCUAAAGGAAAGGUUUGUUUGGCUUACUCUGGUGGUUUGGAUACCUCUAUCAUUCUAGCAUGGUUGUUGGAUGAAGGUUACGAAGUUGUCGCCUUCAUGGCUGAUGUCGGUCAAGAAGAAGACUUCGAUGCUGCUCGUGAAAAGGCUCUUAAGAUCGGUGCUACCAAGUACGUUGUUGUCGAUUGUCGUGAAGAUUUCGUUAACGAUAUCUUGUUCCCAGCUGUUCAAGUCAAUGCCGUUUAUGAAGAUAUCUACUUGUUAGGUACUUCUCUUGCAAGACCAGUCAUUGCCAAGGCUCAAAUUGAUGUCGCAAGACAAGAGGGUUGUUUUGCUGUCUCUCACGGCUGUACCGGUAAAGGUAAUGACCAAAUUCGUUUCGAAUUGGCUUUCUACGCUUUGAAGACAGACGUCAAAGUUAUCGCUCCAUGGAGAUUGCCUGAAUUUUUUGAAAGAUUCGCUGGUAGAAAGGAUUUACUAGACUAUGCUGCUGAAAAGGGUAUCCCAGUGGCUCAAACUAAGGCUAAACCAUGGUCCACUGAUGAAAACCAGGCUCAUAUCUCUUACGAAGCAGGUAUCCUAGAGGAUCCAGAUACUACUCCACCAAAGGAUAUGUGGAAGCUAACUGUCGAUCCAAUGGAUGCUCCAAACACUCCACAGGACUUGUCCAUUGAUUUCGAAGUUGGUUUGCCAGUCAAAGUCUCCUAUGAACAAGACGGUAAGAAAGUUGAAGUCACCAAGCCAAUUGACAUCUUCAACCACGUUUCCAACUUGGCUAGAGCUAACGGUGUUGGUAGAAUCGAUAUCGUUGAAGAUCGUUACAUUAACUUGAAGAGCAGAGGUUGUUACGAACAGGCUCCAUUAACUGUCUUGAGAAGAGCUCAUGUCGAUUUGGAAGGUUUGACUCUAGACAAGGAAGUUCGUGCUUUGAGAGAUCAGUUCGUUACUCCAACUUACUCCAAGCUGCUAUACAACGGCUCUUACUUCACUCCAGAAUGUGAGUUCAUUAGAUCCAUGAUUAAGCCAUCCCAAAAAUCAGUCAACGGUACCGUCAGAGUUAGACUCUACAAGGGUAAUGUCAUGAUCCUAGGUAGAUCUUCCAAAACUGAGAAGUUGUACGACCCAACUGAAUCCUCCAUGGAUGAAUUGACUGGUUUCUCGCCAAUUGACACUUCUGGUUUCAUCGCCAUUCAAGCCAUUAGAGUCAAGAAAUACGGUGACGCCAACAAGAACCUUACUCUAUAA